AGUACAGAGCAGCAGCCUAAAAAUGCCCCAAUUGUUGAACCGGGCAGACAAACAAGAGACGUGAUAGCCCAUGUUCUAUCAGUCCCUUGUUCUUUUAACAAAUUGACAUCACAAACAAAAAACAUUUCGCUAAUCAAUUUAAAGAUCCAAGCUUUAAAUCCAUACACACAACCCCAGAUAACACCCAUCUCAAAUCGAUCAAAAUGGUGAAGACAGAUGUAUUCUCAAAGCUACCUGAUGAUGUAGUUCUGAAGAUCAUCUUCAAUCUUGAUGAUGACCCAAAAGACUGGGCCCAUCUUGCUUGUGUUUGCACAAAGUUCUGUUCUUUAUUACACACAUUUUGUUGGAAAUCUAAGUGUACUCAAACAAUUCCUGCCCUUGUUUCUGAUCUUCUUUCUGGGGGUGCUGCUAAUUCUCCUCCUGGUGGGUGGGCUGCUCUUUACAAGCUUUACUUUUGUUGCCCUGGUCUUGCUAAGGCUGGUGUCAGUGUUGGAAAUCUUGAGGUGGGCCCCAGCAGUUUGGCCCAGUUGGGUUCUUUUGAUAACCCAAUUUCUGUGUUUGAUUCUGUUGUGGCUUUGGCUGAUGUUGUAAUUGGUAAGGGAGGUGAGGUUAGCGAUGUGGUUAUGGCGGGGGUUGUUGAUGAUGAUAGUGAUGGUGAUGAUGAUGGUUGUAAUGUGUGUAAGAGGAGGAAGGUUUGUAGAUUGGUGGGAUCACAUUUGGCUUGCGGGGCUCGGGAGUUGAGCCGUGAACAAGGGAAUAAGUUGCUGGCUAGUCGGUUUAGAGGGGAUUGUUUGUAUAUCUGUGGUUGGCCUGGCUGUGUGCACAAUGAUGGUAAGCGUAACUAUAUGCUGUUCAGAGGGAUUUUUAAGAAUUUUAAAGAGUCUAGGGUUUGGAGGACGGUUAGUGAUGGUGAUAGGAAUAAAGUUAAUAUAAGUUGUGCUUUUUGUUCUUGUACGAACACUUGGAAUUUGCAUUCCGCUUUUUGUCUAAGACGGGCCUUUGGGUUUCAUGAUGAUGGGGAGCUGGUUGUUCGAGCUUAUGUUUGUGAGAACGGGCAUGUAUCUGGAGCCUGGACUGAUUGGCCUUUGUACACCUGACUUCUGACUUGCUGCUUUUGGGAGCAUCUGCACUAGCUUAGAGAAACAUAUAUUUAAGCCCUACCUGAUGAUAUUUAUCUCAAAAGCACCUCGAAUCUCGAUGAUGAUCCACGAGACUGUUAUCUUCUGCCGUAUGUUACAAAGAAGCCAUGUUCAAAAUGCUUCUAAACAAUUCCUUCCCUUGUCUCGGAUCUUCUCUCUGGCAUUGUUACUGAUUCUCCUCCUGGCAGAUGGACUGCCCUUUACAAGCUUUUCCUCAGUUGCCCUGGUCUAAUUCUGGCUGGUGUUUGUCUCAUAAAUAGUGAAGUGGGACCACAUUUGGCUAGGGGGCCUCUGUAUUUUUCCCGUGAACAGGGAAUUAAGUUGUUGGC